AUGUUAAAAUUCAAUGUAAUAAUGGCUACUUUGUUGGUUCUAUUAAUGAUUUCUGGAAAUUCCAAUUGUGAAUCAAUCACUGAUAGCUCUGCUAAUAAUGCUUCUUCAACCUCCCCUGCUUUUGUUAGUGGGAGUUCGGCAUCUACUACACCCUUAGAAACUCCAAAUCCGAUUAAACCAUCUUCUGAAUCUAGUUUAGAUUUAGAUUCUAGUUCAUAUUAUGAAUCUUCUGAUUAUGAAUCUUCAGAUUCCCAUUAUGAGUCACCCAACUCUAAUUCUGUAACUUCUUUUUUUCCAAAUGAAUUUCCUACUCCAACUAACUAA